UAGACAACAGCCAGGCAGUCUCAUGCUUUGACGGGAACUUUCUAAAUCUCGGAGGCGGGUGAUUGCAACUUUUCUAUCAAUUGUUUUCAUCGUUCGGCCCCAAGAUGGCGACGAGAAAGAUUUCAACGCUUUCUAUGGCGGCGAAGAUUAGUGUUUUUGCCAUUGCGUACGAUCGACAGGAACCGGUUUACCAGGCGGGAGAGUUGGUGAAAGGCCACCUCAAUAUGGAGGUAUUAGAUGAGAUCGCUGUUAGAGGUGUGACCGUGUUAUUCACUGGUGGCGCUUACUGCCACUGGACAGAGCAGGUGACUCGGGGGACUGGAGACAGCAGGAGGACCGAGACGAGACAUUACAAAUCCCACGAGGGAUACUUCACCCAAAAGAUCGAUUUCCCACUUGAUAACAAAGAUCAUAAAAUCACCCCUGGCCGAUACACCCACAACUUCUCCUAUACGUUGCCCCAAAACCUGCCGAGCUCCUACGAAGGUUUACUUGGGAAGAUCCGCUUCCAAGCCACAGCCCGUUGUGAGAUAAUAGACGGACGUGACAAGGUUGUGUCGAGACCGUUCACCGUGAUUGCCCAUAAAGACCUGAAUCAGAUCGAGGGGCUGAGCAGUCCCGAACAAAGGGAAAAGCAGAAAACAUUAUGUUGCCUGUGCUGUGAAUCCGGGCCGAUACAGGUUGUCUUCCGAAUGGAGAAGACGGGCUAUGUACCAGGGGAGGCGAUACCACUGAAUGCAGAAAUUACGAACAACUCGAAUAGAACUGUAUUUCGUAGUAAGGCAGGACUGAAACAGUGCGUGACCUACAGAGCUCAAGGUCACGUGAAGAGAAGGUCAUGGACAAUGGCCGAUGUCGAAAAGCCCGAGAUUGAACCUGGCGGUUCGUGUAUCUGGACCGACCAAAUGCAGGUGCCGUCUAUCCCCCCGACUAAUGACAAGGAGGACUGUAGUAUUAUUGAUAUACGAUAUGAACUUGAGUUCAAAAUCGUUCCAUCUGGUCUUGCCACGUGCCUUGAAAUGAGCGUGCCGUUGGUGAUCGGUACGAUCCCCCUACAGGGAAUGUUCUUCCCCUACACGCCGGGCACAGCCACAGCCACCGUGCCACCAGUAUCCAUCCCACCUCUCACCUCGAAGGAUACACCAGGUGCUGAAGCUGCGACACAGGCGGCCACCAACAAUGUCAACAAUGCCAUUGUCCAUCAACCAACGUCUACCACGUCUCUACCCGAUGGCAUCCCACCUCCGUCAUAUGCAGAAUGCGUUGGUCUGCUCCCAGAAGAGAAAGAGGAUAACGAGAAGCCAAAGGCGGAGGAGAAGGAUGGAAAGAAAGAAAAGGACAGCAAGAAACUGAAGAAGAAGGAGAAGGAUUCGGAUAAGUCAAGGAGAACUUCAGAAGACGUCACGUAUUCACCAAGAUAUGCAUUUUAUGAUUGGAAUUACAGUAUCGAUCACGCUGACGGGGUUUUAUAAGAACACUUCCAUUUCGCAUGGCGUCUUUGGCACACCUUUUGGCUGUUGAGGAGCUUGAACAAUGCCGUGGCGUCCCUUGUCUAUCGUCGUCCAAUAGCGGAGCACGUUUCGUAACCGCUGGAAUUCGGUGUGAUUGUGGACUAUGGCAAUAUGGCCUCCAGGCGGCCAUAUUCAAACAUAGUUGCGCAAUAUGGCCUCCAGGCGGCCAUAUUGAAACACAGUUGUUUGUCAUUUUGAAGCCAAUGGUUGUAUUGUAGCUAGAGUUUCUACGCUGGCGCGGGUCAUCUACAUCUGUAGGGCCUGAAGGCUAUACAUCCCAUCAUCUGGGUUUUCUAUUUGAUCUACUUUUGAAGGUAACAAAUGUUAAAGUUAAACAUUUUGUCGUCGUUGGAACGUUUUGUUGUUGCUUGUAGUAAAGAGUUCUACUAUGUUUUGGUGGUUGUGAAUCUUAGUACCAACAUCGAGAACGAACUCGGUCAACCUGGUUCACUCUGGUGAGGGACAUGUGGAAGAGAGCAGCCGGAACAGCGAAGUGUCAGCGAAACCUCGUGAGAAAGAGGUUUUCAUAAGUUACAGAAAGAUUCAAGAGAAUUUCAAGAUUACAGUUCUUCUUAUCCUUCUAAAGGACGUGCUGAGAAAAUGGAGCUAUACACGAGACUGAUUUGGUUGGUGACUCUGCCUAUGAUGAGUAAAUGAAGCUCUACUGGAGAUUCGUUGGGUUGGUGGCUCCAUCUAUUGGUACCAGUCUAUUAAUCCCGAUGCAUUCAGUCAGUGCCCCUCAUCAAAUCGUUAGACUGGCUUGUCAGAUCAGAUUCUGCUGAUAAUGUUAGAAUGUGCGCAGAUAAGUCAUUUAAUCAAUCAAGGUGCAAUUUGAUAACAAGAUCAUGUCUCUGGUCUAAAGGUCGAAUGUCAAACAUUGACGCAGGAGUCGUUGAAGGUAAACGAUGUGUUCAGUGACAGUCAAUUAUCUUACUAAGUACGAUGAUGAUUGGCUUUCAAAGAUGGUCUGUGAUUGAUGACGUCACUACAAAGUCAUUAUCGCCUCUUUGCGUUUGGAAGAUGCUCUUUUUUCUCUCUUGAUUUCAUCAUGCACAUCACAUUGGGAAUAUGAUUGGUACGGAAGGCUGCGACAACCCAUUAAGUGGAACGCAAGUUAAUCACAUAUGUUAACAUCAUUAUGAGGAGGACGCACUAUCUAACCAUAUUCAAACAGAACGCAAUUUCCUGUGGUUGGUCAUUGUUCGCUAUAGCCAUCGUUAAUUGUGCCCGUCAACGUAAGUCCAAUGUGCUUUAAUAAUGAGGAGGACAACAGCUUCAGUAUUUCACGCUGCACUGCACCCAAACAAGGCUUUCGCCGCGUGCGUUGACAAAACGGUGACACAUGCAUUAUUGUGUUUAUUGUUAGAUUAGAAGGAAGUCAAAACAAAGUUCAUGAUGUGGACACGGCCGUUCUGAUUGAUCAGGCAGAGAGCGUGUCCUCCUCAUAAUCAUGUUAGCGUAUGCCAUCAACUUUAAUCAGUUACCACAGCCGUGAAUACCAAUCAUCAUUUCCAAUUUGGUCACUUGUUAUGGGUCAAAUCCACUUAGAUGGACUACGGAUGUGCACUACAUCCAUGGCUGGACCAGUUCUCUCGAAUGCAGGCAAACAUUGACGGUGGCCGGGUUGGGUCCCCGCACAAUGACGUCCAUUGCGGUAUCCACUAUGUGCGUUGCUGAAAGGGGCAGACGUAACCUUCGUGGAUUCAUAAAUACAUGUUAUGUAAUUCAUAUUCAUCAUCUGUAGUUUGUAGUUGAGGUACAUCACACUCCCUUCAUGGUUGGACAAAUCAAGUAACUCGGUCAUUCGUCCCCUGCAAAUGGGGUGGGUUGGUCCAAUCUGAUGAGGCACGGCAAAUCAACUUUUGACUCAAAAGUUACCAUGCUUUUGCAACGGUGAAUUCAUGGUAAGUUGUUUAAGACACAACAUGUGUGUAUGUUUAAUAUACGUUGAGAAAUGGAUGUAUGGUGAGGUAUGUGAUAUACCACCUGGUGGUCGCUUCCUUG